AUGUUUAGUCAAUGUAUUUCGAUUUGUAGCUUUUGUUUCUCAGAAUCCAACCUCGAAUCAGUUGAUAUGCAAUAUUGUACCAACUUGCUAGCAUUAAACAACUCUCUUUUUCGAAAAUGUCCCAAAUUAAAAACAGUAAAUUUCCCUCCAAAAAUCACUUACAUUGGAUCUGGCUGCUUCAAUUACGACUCUGCAUUAUCAAGAAUUGUCCUGCCUGACUCUGUUGAAAUAAUUGAAGACAAUACAGCACAAGAUAGCGGUGUUUUUAAAGGAACAAUUGAUGUAAUUGAAAUUUCCAGGAACUCGAAUUUGACGAAAAUUGGAGCUGAAUCUUUUGCUGAAUCAAGAAUUAAGACCAUUUUCAUUCCGAAGCAUGUUAAGCAUAUGAUGGGACAGACAUUUUUUGGUUGCAAAUUUGAAUCAAUUCAAAUUGAUCCUGAUAAUCCAUAUUUUAAAACAGAUUCUAUAUCAAUAUUCACCGGAGAAAACAAUAAUUCUUUGGUGUAUGUAAGUUCGGCUUUUAAUCAAGAUUAUGUUGUUCCAUCGUUCGUAUUGAAUUUGAAAAUUGCUUGUUUUAGGAAAUGUAGUGUUAGAAGUAUAAGUUUUCAUGAGAAUAUUUUAGCAAUUGAUGCAUUAGCUUUUGCAUAUACACCUAUCACAGAAAUAACAAUUCCAAAUAAUAUUAAAGUAUUAGGAACUAGUCUGUUUCAAGGAUGUACUAAACUUAGAACAAUAAAUCUUCCAAAUGACUAUACUAAGAUUGGUAUCGCUUGUUUCGUUGACUGUAAGAGUCUUCAAAGUUUAUACAUUUCGGAUCAGUUGGAUUAUAUUGGUGAAGGUGCAUUUACAGGAUGCAACUCAACAAUGAUUUUCUACUCAUCUGGAAAUAGCAAGCUUGAAAUUUCUGGAAAUAUUUUAUUAUCUGAUGAAAGGAAAAAUAUGCUACAAUACAUUGGAGAUGAUGAAAACGCUGUUGUUAAUGCACCACCAGAAUUGACUUCGAUCGGAGGUUCUUGUUUUGUAAAUAAAAAGCUCAAAACAAUUACUUUCAAUGGAGAUCAAUUAACUAAAAUUGGUAAGAGAGCAUUUGAUUCAUCAACAAUAACAUCGAGUUCAUUACCUAGUAGUUUAACGACAUUAGGACAAGAAUGUUUCAGAAGUUGUUCGAAAUUAACAACUGUUGUUUUCAAUGGAAAUUUGAUAACAGAAAUUCCUGAUUAUUGCUUUAAUCAGUGCAACAAACUAAGCAAUAUUCAGUUGCCAUCAUCGAUAAGAAGCAUUGGAACUUUCGCAUUCUAUUCAUGUUCUGCAAUCGGUGAUAUAUCUUUAAACAAUUUAAUAAAUGUUAGUGAACAAGCUUUUUCUAAUAGUGGUUUAACAGUCUUCAACAUUCAAAAUACUAUGAACAGAAUUGAUUUUUCAUGCUUUAGUAAUUGUUUAUCUUUGGAAGAAGUAACAAUUAGUUGCCCAAUAAUUCCAUUGGAGUGUUUUAUCGGUUGCCAAAAUUUAAGAAGAUUGAAUCUCAAUGAAGGAAUAAAAACAAUAAAAUCAAAAGCCUUUUAUCAGUGUUCUAGUAUCGAAUCUUUCACCAUUCCAGCAAGUCUUACGGAUAUAGAAUCAUUCGCUUUCAGAGGAUGUACGAAUUUGAAUAGAGUUUCAUUAAGUUUGGGAAGUAAUUUGAUCACUAUUUUAGGAGGUUGUUUUGUUGAAUGCGUUAAUUUGUUUUCAAUUACAGUUUCAAAAGAUGAUACAAAAUUUAAAUUUAGUAAUGGCGCUUUAACUGACUACGCAGAGACUAAGAUUUACACAUUCAUUCCUUGUUCUUCUAUUCAGACUUUUGUUGUGCCUCCUAAUACAGUUAGUAUUCAAAGCUAUGCUUUUAUGUCAUGCAAAAACCUAAUUAGGAUAAUAUUUAGUGGGAGCAGUAUCAAGACCAUUGGUUAUCAAUCAUUUACUGAUUGUUCUUCUUUAUCAUUUCUUUUCCUUGGUACAUCAGUUCAGUUAUCUGAAAUACAGGAUAUGGCAUUUGAUGGUUGUCCUUUGUUAAGAAGAUGCGGAGCUAUUUCAUGUCCAACUUCUGCUGCGCAGAUUUUCAAAUCGAAGUUUGAUAUUCCAAAUCAUUCUUUUUCAACUAAUUGUCCAAAUGGAUACAUCACAUGCAAAUCAAAACCUAAUGCUUUCAGUUUCUCUAUAUCUUUAACCAUGCCGAUGAUUCUAAUGUAA